AAUCUUUGUACCUCAAUAUGUAUAUGUUUGGCUUAAUUAUUUUAAAUAGUUUAAACUUCUGUGUGAAAAGGAAUUUUAUUUGUGAAUUAGAAUGCCUUAUUUAGAGUUGAAAAUAUUUGAAAGAAAAGCAUUCCGGAAGGAACCUUGUACAGAAUGUGGCCAUUUCCUGAGGCGAGAGAAUCGUACGUGGGAUUUGAACAUUUAUGUGAUGCUCUGUUGCAAAUGGAUGACGGAUUUCUGCUUCCUGUUCAUAAAACAGUUUUAGCUAUGCAUAGUGUUUACUUCCGCGAGUUAUUUUGCAACAAUGUUAACUCGUCAGUCAUCAGAAUUCCUCAUAUCCGAAGUUCCAUAAUGAGAAAAGUCCUUCAAUACGUAAAUACGGGAAAAGCCGAAAUUAAUGAAAUGAAUAUUACAGAACUUCUGGUGACAUCCUAUAACUUACGCAUUGAUGGGCUAACUACAGAGUGCCACAAGUUCGCUUCUCGCAAAAUUUCCUGUACUAACUGCAUUACUUUUCUUGUCUUGGCUUGGAAAGAGAAGCAAAGCGAUUUUCUCAAGUUGUGUACUCGUUUCAUGCAGACAAACUUCGAAAGAAUUGUUAAAGAAUCACCUUCGUUGUUUGGAGAUCUUCCUCUUGAUGUCCUGAAAUUUUUGAUUCAAGAUAAUAAUGUAAAUAUAUCAAAAGAAGAAAUAGUAUGGGAUGCUAUCAUAUGCUGGGUGAAGAAGGCUUUUACUGAAAGAAUGCCUUAUGUUACAGAUCUUUUACUUUGCCUCCGCGCAGAUCAGAUUGACGAGGAACUCGCUUCUAAAAUUAGUAAUCAUCCAAUGGUGAAAGAAAAUCCUCAUUGUAAUCAAAUGAAAGAAUGUAUGUUGAUGAACAAUGAUUCUGUAUUAGAUGGUUUACGCUCUUAUAUCAAACUAAGUUUGGAAAUUAACGGAAUGGACAUACCAGGUUCUCGAUUUCCUAAAAGUUUAAAAAUUUUCACUAAAUUCUGCAUAUCGCUAAGAGACUUUUCAGAAGGAGUAGAAGUUUACAUUACUUUUGAUGAACACAUUGAUAUCUGGACAAACAUAAGCAGGAAAGCUUUCUGUCCAGAAGUUUUAUUUCACAUCUCUGGUAAAAUUCUAAUGUUUGAUCCCUGGGAAAAUGUUAUGUUUGCGCUAGAUUUGCUUACGAAUACUUGGAUUCCCAUCAGGCACAUGAACAUCACACGGACAGACUACAGUCUUGUUCAAGUCGGCAAUUACAUUUAUGCACUUGGUGGAAUGAAUGUAGGUCUUGCUUUUGAAUCGCCUUCAGCCGCUGUAGAGCGUUAUAAUAUAAUAAAUGACCAAUGGGAGAUAUUGAGCCCUAUGCUACCACUUAUUGGAGGAACAGCUGUGGUUCAUAAUGAUAAAAUUUAUGUUAUAGGUAUUUUAACCGAUCCAGCUGGAGAUAUCAUGGCAGCACAGAGUUAUGAUCCAAUUUCAGAUUCUUGGAAUAAUAUAUCUCCUCCCAGUUACAAAGCGCAGUUUUGCGCAAUUUCUUAUCGUGGCCACAUAUAUGUUUUUGGUGGUCAUGAUAAUUAUUCAUUUACGAAAUCAGUUGAAAUAUAUGACACAGAAAGUAAUGCCUGGAAACCAUUUGAAAAGUUGCCAUAUCCAUACUAUUUGCCAAAAGCAGUCAUUCUUAAUGGUUUUCUAUUCGUAUAUGACAACCAUUCAGAUGAACGCCAAUUUUUCAGGUAUCCUCCUAGCUUAUGGGAUGAAAUAAAUCAAGAAUGGCAUGUAAUUGAAGUUUCAUCGCCCCUGAAUGAUUUCCACGUAUAUCAAUUCUGUACCGUAGAAGACGCUGGUGUUAUCCAAGCUCUGUGCGCAGGAAAUAGAAAUCCGCAUGUAAACUGGAAAAGAAGUCCUUUCCAUAAACGUUAUAAAGGUUUUAGAUCAUAAAAUAUCAAAUUUAGAAAUUAAGCAAAAUUUUAUGAAUCAUAGAAAGAAAUUGUGAUUAAUUAGAUCAUAUGAAAAUAGAAAACUGAAUAAGUCAAUUUCAUAUUACAAUAAGUAAAAUUAUGAAUUUUUUUAGAAUUGACUUAAUAAA